GCCACAUCCCCUGUAAGCUCCGCCCCCAGCCGAGAAACGGGCCUGGCUGCAGUGCGGGACCGGCCGGGCACAGGGGGGCAGUGACACAUUGUGACAGAGCAGCACCAUUGUACCGAGCGGAGCCGGUGGGACCGACAGACUGAGGGGAUUCGCCGGGCACAGAACAGUGAAUGAUGCCGUUCGGGGGUAUAGCAUCGAAGCUGAAGAUCGAGCGGCUGAAGGCGUCGGGCGUGGGCUCCCACGAUUGUGCCGUUCGGUACCAGAACCAGGACUACGAGAGCCUGAAGCAGCAGUGCCGGGAGAGCGGCAGCCUCUUCGAAGAUCCAAACUUCCCGCCCAUUGGCUCCUCCCUGGGCUUCAAGGAACUGGGCCCCGGAACCAGCAAAACUAAGGGGGUGCAAUGGAAACGGCCCCAUGAUAUUGCUGAUGAUCCGCAGUUUAUUGUUGGUGGAGCCACCAGGACAGACAUAUGCCAGGGGGCACUGGGGGACUGCUGGCUCCUUGCUGCCAUUGGCUCCCUGACGCUCAAUGAGGAUUUGCUGCACAGGGUGGUUCCGCAUGGGCAGGGCUUCCAGGAUGACUACGCCGGGAUCUUCCACUUCCAGAUCUGGCAGUUUGGCGAGUGGGUGGAUGUGGUGAUAGACGACCGUUUGCCGGUGAAGGACGGGGAGUUGGUGUUUGUUCACUCGGCCGAGUGCUCGGAGUUCUGGAGCGCCCUGCUGGAGAAGGCCUACGCCAAGUUGAACGGUUCCUACGAGGCCCUGUCGGGGGGCAGCACCACCGAGGGAUUCGAGGACUUUACCGGGGGAGUCGCGGAAAUGUACGAAUUGCGCAAAGCCCCCCGGAACCUGGAUAAGAUCAUUAAACGGGCGCUGGACAGGGGGUCCCUAUUGGGGUGCUCCAUAGACAUAACGAGUGCCUUUGACAUGGAAGCCGUUACAUUUAAGAAGCUUGUGAAGGGCCACGCCUACUCGGUCACGGCACUCAGAGAGGUUAAUUACAUGGGGGGGGUGGAAAAGCUGAUCCGCAUCCGGAACCCCUGGGGGCAGGUGGAAUGGACCGGCGCCUGGAGUGAUAACUCCUCAGAAUGGAAUGAAGUGGACCCUUCAGAGCAGGAGGAUCUGCAGUUAAAGAUGGAGGAUGGAGAGUUCUGGAUGUCUUUCCAGGAAUUCCUGCGCCAGUUUUCCCGGCUGGAGAUCUGUAACCUGACGCCGGACGCGCUGGACAAGGACGGGCAGAGCAAGUGGCACAGCACCCUGUACGACGGGACGUGGCGCCGGGGCAGCACCGCCGGGGGCUGCAGGAACAACCCAGCCACAUUCUGGAUUAACCCCCAGUUCAAGGUGACCCUGCUGGAGGAGGACGAUGACCCCGAUGACAACGAGUUGGCCUGCAGUUUCCUGGUGGCGCUGAUGCAGAAGAACCGGCGGAAGGAGCGCAAGGUCGGCCAGGACAUGCACACCAUUGGCUUUGCUGUGUAUGAGGUUCCGGAUGAGUUCCGGGGGUGCCAGAAUGUGCAUCUGAAGAAGGAUUUCUUCCUGCGCCACCAGUCCUGCGCCCGCUCCGAAACCUUCAUUAACCUGCGGGAGGUGAGCACCCAGAUCCGCCUGCCCCCCGGCGAGUACAUCAUCGUGCCCUCCACCUUCGAGCCCCACAAGGAGGCAGAUUUUGUCCUGAGAAUAUUCACUGAGAAACAUUCAGAUAUACAGGAGCUGGAUGAGGAGGUAUCGGCAGAUCUUCCUGAGGAGGAGGAACUCACAGAAGACGAUGUGGACGAUUCGUUUAAGGCCAUGUUCCGCCAACUGGCAGGGGAGGACAUGGAGAUCAGUGUGUUUGAGCUGAAGACGAUCCUGAACAGAGUGGUGGCCAAACACAAAGAUCUGAAGACGGACGGUUUCGGGAUGGAGGCCUGCAGGCAGAUGGUCAAUCUGAUGGACAAAGACGGCAGCGGCAAACUGGGCGUGGUCGAGUUUCAGAUCCUGUGGAACAAAAUUCGCCAAUGGCUGACAGCUUUCCGACAACACGACCUGGACAAGUCGGGCACCAUCAGCGCCUACGAGCUGCGCAUCGCCCUUGAGGGUACAGGGUACAAACUGAAUAACAAACUCAUUCAGGUUCUGGUCGCUCGCUACGCGGAUUCCGACAUGGGAAUCGACUUCGAUAACUUCGUCUGCUGCCUCGUGAAGCUGGAGGCCAUGUUCCGGUUCUUCAAGGCGUUGGACCAAGGGGAGGGCACAGCCGAGAUGAGUUUAGGGGAGGUGAGUGUGAUUGGCGCAAUGUGGGCUCCGCCCCCUGAAGGUGCCAAGUUCUGACCCGAAGGUUCUGUUUCUGUUUCAGUGGCUGACGAUGACCAUGUGUGGAUAAUUCUCUUGCCCCCUCGCUGACACUCAUUGCCCCCGGUGCCCUCGCUCACUCGCUACCAACGUUACAUCCAGGUUACACAUUUCCCAGAGGCCUUUGUUGGGGGAAAGAUUUUGCAAUCAGAACCAGCCAAUCAGAAUUCUGCCCGUAUAAUGUAUCCAAUGCCAAGCGGGCAGCUGCCAGGCACAACUGUAAGGACUGUACUCCGGCCCCCGGGGGCCCCAGGGCUCCGCCCAGUAGCGUUUUGUUAUUGUAUAUACAGAUACCGGGGCCCCUUCUUGUACUGGGGGGGCAUCUGACUCUUACAGGGGUCCCCGGGCCAGAACCACAAGCUUUCAGAGUGGGGCAGUUAUGUUUGAGGUUUCCCUGAGUGCAAAUGUACUGUCGCCCCCUAGAGGCGGAAUUGUGCCAGACUGCAUGGAAUAAAGAAUGAAAACUGUGA